CCGCCGGCUCUCGGAAUCAUACAACUUCCUGUCAGAAGUGUUCACAACAGUUCGACGACGGCCUGACACGAUACAGUCUUGUGCAAAAUGAAAGUCCGAGUGUCUCAAGAUCGCCUUCUGGCGCUGCUGAUUCUGCUCGCGAUCGUCGUGAGCCCUGGUGAAAGUCUGCGUUGUUACGUGUGCAGUUCAUCGAAUGACCCAACAUGUGAACACAGCCCAAGGGGAUAUGAUAAAUGUGGCAAAACAUCAGCGUUGGGCAGUUUGGCGUUGCAAGUAAUACAGGGUCAUUCCGUCUGCAUCAAGGUUACCUAUAAAGAUUAUGAGGACAACAAACUGUACAUCCAGCGGGCGUGCGCUGUGGAAAGCGAAGUGAUAGAUGCUUGCUCAUUUAAAAACUUGGUGACGCAGUUUAAAAACUCGGAAAUCGUCGACUGCGAAAUCUGUACAACCAAUUACUGCAACAAUGGCUACAAAAUCAGCAACCAACUCCUCCUCUCCUGCUUGUCGUUAUUGUUUUCUUUCUUAGUUUCAUACCUGUGGUGAUAAACUGAUAAAUCUCUGUCCUGUAAAUAAAGACUGUCUUCUUUGUGAUGUCACAAACUUUCAAGACUGAAGAGGCAUAGUGAUAAGUUUUAAAUAGGUCAUUCUACAUAUCAAAUAUUCAAUGCGAUGUGUUGUCAACCGAUUUCGACUGACGUUUUGAAACUAGCAUCUUGUAAUGCACCACACAGAAUGUCAAACGGUAUAAAAUUUAAACUCAAUCAGUCCAGUGCUUGCAGCCAACCGUCUGUUAUCACAGGCGAAGUAAGCCUUGAAUUUGUACACAUGCGAGAUGAAGUACAGUAUGUCAUGCUGCUAAAUAAGAAAACAUCGUACAGGCAUUUAGAGUGGUACAACGGAUAUUAUAUUCCGUCUGAUAUUACAUGUUAUAUGGCCGUAGACAAUACAUUAACGCAUAACAUCUUUAUCAGUUAUGCUUCAACGUAUAACAUAUUAACUGAAAUCGGUCGACAACACUUUACAAUAAAGAUUUCACAAUCAGAUGUGAUUUAUUAUGUUUGAGUAGCGUUACGUCUACAAAACAUAUGAUAAAAAGCAUGAAAUAGGAUAUUUGAACAGUGUUUUGGAACUAUAUGAUGUUUUCCAUGAUUUUAUAAA